AUGUUUCAAGUAGCUAGAAACAUCCUGGUGACCGGCACCAACCGUGGAAUUGGACUUGGACUGGUGAAAGAGCUGGUGAAAUUGAACCCUUAUCCGGGCCAUCUUUUUGCAACUUGUAGGAACCCUAGUAGACCUGAAGCUAAGGCUUUGCAGAAUUUGGCUAGUCAGUAUGACAACAUUAACAUCGUUCAGUUAGAUACGACAGACCUUUCCAGUAUAAAGCAAGCUGCGUCAGAAGUGGAGUCCCAUCUGAAAGGACAAGGGCUGAAUCUGCUAAUCAACAACGCUGGCAGAAACUCCCAAGCCUUUUUGCUGGAAAAUGUCGAUCAGGAAGAUAUGCUAUUGUCAUACAAGACCAAUGCUGUGGGGCCCCUCCUAGUUGUCAAAGAAUUCCUGCCUCUCCUGAAGAAGGCUGCCAAGGAGACCACACAAGAAAACCUGGGAGGCAGCAAGGCAGUUGUUGUCAACGUAUCUUCCGUCGUUGGCUCCAUUGGGCAGGGUUUUACAAGCCUAAUAGUACCAGUUCCUCCAAUGUACCAAUAUCGUGCCAGCAAGACAGCGCUGAACAUGAUCAAUGCCUGCCUUGCAGAGGAACUGAAAAAAGAUGGAAUUAUAUGUGUUCUGCUCCAUCCUGGAUGGGUGAAGACUGACAUGGGAACAGAUCUGGCUCCUGUGACAGUGGAGACCAGUAGUAAGGGUAUGGUGAAGGUCAUUGCUGGCUUAGAUUCGUCAUCAUCUGGCACUUUUCUGGAUUGGGAGGGGAAAAAAAUAGUCUGGUGAACAGAAUGAGCCUCCUUGAGCUUCUUGCUGGGGUAAAGCAUCAGACCUUUGUGGACUGAAAGGAGUCCACAAACAGAAACCUUGUCCCUAAACACAGGAUGAUGACCUCCUACUUGUUUAUUAUCAAUAAAUGCACUCUGAUCACAUACAAUAUUGCCAUCUCCUUUCAUGCCACGUGACACAUAUGGAAACAGUCUCUCCAAUGGAGUGGUUGCUGUUGCUAUUUACCAUAUUUUUU